CAAAUUCAUGUAGCCUAUUAUUUUUUUUAUUAGGUCUCCGAAAUUUUAUUUCACCUUUUUCUUUUCGACCUGUUUUUAUUUGUUUCUUUUUCUUUUUCUUUUCACUUUUUUUUUUUUAUCUUUUCCAAAUUUUUUUAUAUAUAUUCUGAAACAAUGGUGAACAAGAUUAACUUGGAUAAGCAAACUUACGAAGUACCUAACUCUAGAAAACCUGGACAAACUGGUAUUUAUCGUAAUGCUGUGCGUACUGAACUAGUAGAAAGAUUUUCUCCCAAGGUACAUACUAUGUAUGAUAUCUUCCAACAUGGUUACAAGAUUUCUAAAGAUCGUCCUUGUUUGGGUCAUCGUUCUGUGAAUGCUUCAGGUAAACAUGGUCCUUACGUUUGGGAAACUUACCGUCAAGUUAAUCACCGCAUUAUCAACUUUGGAUCUGGUUUAAUGAAUUUGAUCAAUCAUACUUUGAAUGACCCUCGUACCAAAAGUAUUCCUCUCGGUAUUUGGUCUGUAAACCGUCCUGAAUGGUUCAUUACUGAUAUGGCUUGUGCUGCUUAUAGUAUGUUCACUGUUGCUCUUUAUGAUACCCUUGGUCCUGAUGCUGUGGAAUACGUUGUUAACCACUCAGAAUUGGAAAUCGUUGUUUGCUCUGGUGAUCAUAUUGCUGACCUUCUCAAGAUCAAAGAAAAGUUACCUAAACUCAAGGCAAUUAUCUCUUUGGAUAGUAUUGAUGAUGGUGUUAAGGUUGUUCCUGGAUCCGUGUCAAAAAGUGCUAUCAUCAAGGCUUGGGCAGAUGAAAAGAAUGUCCUUUUGACUGAUAUGGCUACUUUGGAAGCUGCUGGUAAGAAGAACCGUCGCUCUAUCAACUUACCUCAACCAGAUGAUUUGGCUUGUUUGAUGUAUACAAGUGGUACUACUGGUAAUCCAAAGGGUGCUAUGUUGUCCCACCGCAAUUUCGUUUCUGCUGUCUCAGGUAGUUACUAUAAUGUUGAUGGCAGUCCAGAUGAUGUCAGCAUUUCUUUCCUUCCUCUUGCUCACAUUUUCGGUAAAGUGACCGAUACUUUGGCUAUCGCAUUUGGUAGUCGUAUUGGUUACUUUGCUGGUGAUAUGACCACUUUGGUGGAUGAUAUUCAAGAACUCAAACCUACUUUUAUGGCUGCUGUCCCUCGUCUUUUGAAUCGUAUUUAUGCCAAGAUUGCUGCUUCCACUAUCAAUGCUCCUGGUAUGGUGGGUGCUCUUGCUCGUCGUGGUGUUGCUGUCAAAUUGGAAAAUCUUGCUAAUCAAAAGGGUUUCACUCAUCCUGUUUGGGAUCGUUUAUUAUUCAACAAAGUAAAACAAGCUUUGGGUGGAAAUAUGCGUGUUAUGGUCACUGGUUCUGCUCCUAUUGGUAAAGAUAUUAUGCAAUUCCUUCGUAUUGCUUUGUGUUGUGACAUUCGUGAAGGUUAUGGUGCCACUGAAACUACUGCUGCUACUGCUUCUCAUUAUGAAGGUGAAUAUCAAGCUGGCCAUUUGGGUGCUCCCUUCCCUUCUAAUGAAAUUAAAUUGGUGGAUGUUCCUGAAAUGAACUACUUAUCUACUGAUCCUUAUCCUCGUGGUGAAAUCUGUGUACGUGGUCCUAACGUCUUCUUGGGUUACUUUAAGGAAGAAGAAAAGACUCGUGAAGCUAUUGAUGAAGAAGGAUGGUUCCAUACUGGUGAUAUUGGUGUGAUCAAUGAACGUGGUUGUUUGGUAAUCAUUGAUCGUAAGAAGAAUAUCUUCAAAUUGGCUCAAGGUGAAUAUAUUGCUCCUGAAAAGAUUGAAAACGUUUAUGCAAAGGAUGCAUUAGUAGCACAAGUAUUUGUUCAUGGUGAUUCCUUACAAAGCUCUUUGGUGGCUAUCCUUGUCCCUGAUCCAGAAGCUUUACCUGCCUUUGUUGCUGCCAAAUCCCCCAAGCUCGGUAAACAAAACUUGUCUUAUGCAGAAUUAUGCAAGCAUCCUGAAGUUAACAAGUUAGUAUUGAACCAAUUGACCAAUGUGGGUAAGAAAGCUGGCUUACAUGGUUUUGAACUUGCCAAGGCCUUCUAUUUGGAAACCGAGCCUUUCAGUAUGGAAAAUGAUCUUUUGACUCCUACCUUCAAGGUCAAGCGUCCUCAAGCCAAGAAACGUUAUGAAGCCGAAAUUGCUGCCAUGUAUGAAUCUCUCAGCAAUCAACCUGAAAAGGCCAAGUUAUAAAAAAAAAUGGAUCUCUCUGAAACAAAUAUUACAUCAUUUCCCUUUUUUAUCAAUCAUAUCCCCUUUCCCUUUUAUAUAGUAUAUGUUGUAGUUUAUUUUUCUUUAUUAGCUUUAGUUUGAUUUUAUCUAUACAUAUUAGAAAAAAUAGAAUAAAAAAUUACUACAAAGUAAAAAUGAUAUUAU